AUGGCAAACGCAGACCCUGGUACAGGCCCGAGCGAGCCAAAACGCAAGGAUGAAAAGACAGAAUACACCUACGGUAAUAAGAAGUAUUCACCGCAAGCGUACUAUGAGAAGCUUAAGGAACUUAAGCGCAGGCAGCAGGCCACUUGGUGGACGUUCAUUAACGUGGUGCUGGUUGGCAAUGCGGUGAGGCUUGUCUGCGUCUGCGGCAAGGAGUUCAGCGCCACCAAUCCCUCAACCGUGGCACCUAAGCAUGUCAGGGACGUACACAUGUCCAGGCCGCAACCGCCUGGGCAAGCAGCGCACAGAGAAGCUGAUCUACAUACGGCAGAACGACAAGGAGCUGGGUGGCAGGAGUGUGCUGACGGAGGAGGUGGUGGUGUUGCAGCUGCUGAACUGGGAGGAGGAGUGAGGGGCUGGUCUGGAAUGGAGGAGGCGGCAUUUGGGUCUGCUGGCAGGCGCAAGGGAAAUUGGACGGCGUCUGUAAUUGUGACUUAA